AUGCUUAUUGACAUCGUCAUCCAUGGUGACAUUCUAUGUCCGUGGUGUUUUCUCCAGAAAAAGACCCUCGAGGAAGCCAUGGAACGAUAUCAAGCACUCCACCCAGAAGUCGAAUUCGAUGUCACAUGGAAGCCCUUUCUUCUGUAUCCCACGCUACGAAGAAGUGACAAGCGUGCCCUCUAUGAAAAGCUCAUGUCCCCAGAGAAGCUUCGUCUCUUCACUUCUCGACUCCAAACAGCCGGUGCUCGUCACGGCAUCGAAUUCUCUGUAACUGGGAAGACAGGGCCUUCACAGCCUGCCCACCGACUUGUGGCCUUGACCCUUCAAACUCGUGGAGCAAAUGUCCAGUCUGCGUUUCUUGAUGCUCUGUUCCGUGGUCACUUUGAAAACGGGGCUGACAUUGCUGACGAAGCGUGGUUGAUGCACGUAGGCCGAACAGAGGCCAAACUCGAAGAUUCUGAUAUGAGAGCCGCGCUUCUGGGGCCGGGUCUGGGGAAGUCGCUCGAGGACGAGGUCAGAACUGCAGCCAUAGCGGGUGUAGAAGCCGUGCCUUGCGUUACGGUUCAGAAGAAAUUUCGGGUUGGAGGGUAUCAAGAGUCAGACAUCUUUGAGAGCUUGUUUGACAAGAUACGGCGAGAGAACAGGUAA